GAGCAUUUUGUUUUUGUUGGUGUUUUGCCUGUUUUGCUGUUGUGAUCUCUAAUUUAGUCUACGUUUCUAGUUUAACACUAUAAUUGACUUGUAGUACGGUAGUUGAAUUAAAAUGGAAAGAGUUAAAGUAAAAAUAGGUGUAAAACGUAAAGCCGAAGACUUAUACGAUAUAGAUCCAGUCACAGAGAGCGAAGAUGAUGAUAGUCAAACAUUUGUGCCGAGUAUUGCAAAAGCGAAAACUCACCGCCUGUGUCCCUAUUUGGACACAAUAAAUCGUCAUGUUUUGGACUUUGAUUUUGAAAAGCUCUGCUCAGUGUCAUUAUCAAGAAUUAAUGUCUACGCUUGUCUAGUGUGCGGAAAAUAUUUCCAAGGUAGAGGAAUGAAUACUCAUGCCUAUACUCACAGCGUGGCCGAAAGCCAUCAUGUCUUCCUGAAUCUUCUAACACUGAAAUUCUAUUGCUUACCUGAUAAUUACGAAAUUGUUGAUUCGUCCCUAGAUGACAUUAAGUACGUUCUGAAUCCAACAUUCACUUCAGAGCAUAUCAAACAGCUUGAUUCCAGUAACAAGUUGUCGCGAGCAAUUGAUGGGACGUUGUAUCUGCCUGGCAUUGUGGGCCUCAACAAUAUCAAAGCCAAUGACUACUGUAAUGUGGUUCUGCAGGCGCUGUCGCACGUGACUCCGCUGCGCGACUUUUUCCUGCGCGAGAUCAACUACGCACGCGUGAAGCGACCGCCGGGUGACAGCAGUUUUCUGCUGGUUCAGCGAUUCGGCGAGCUCAUGCGCAAACUGUGCAAUCCGCGAAACUUCAAGGCGCAUGUGUCGCCGCACGAAAUGCUGCAAGCUGUCGUCUUGUGGAGCAAAAAGAAAUUCCAGUUCACCGAACAAGGUGACCCGAUAGACUUCCUCUCGUGGUUCCUGAACGCUCUCCAUUUAGCCCUGAACGGCACCAAGAAACCAGACUCGUCGGUGAUCUACCGCACAUUCCUGGGCUCGAUGCGCAUUCACAGCCGCAAAAUCCCCCCCGUGGAGCUGGAGGACGGACAGAGGGCAGCACUGCAGCUCACUGACGAAUACAAAUCAUCCACUCAGACCACCACCUCGCCCUUCCUCUAUCUCACCUGUGAUCUGCCGCCCCCGCCUCUCUUCAAGGACGAGAUUAUGGAGAAUAUCAUACCGCAGGUCAACUUGUAUACUUUACUAACGAAGUUCAACAAUGAAAAUGAGAAAGAGUACAAGACUUACAAGGAGAACUUCCUGAAAAGAUUUGAAAUCACCAAAUUACCUCCAUAUCUAAUACUUUACAUCAAGAGGUUCACGAAAAAUACUUUCUUCAUAGAGAAGAAUCCAACUAUUGUCAACUUCCCAGUCAAAAACGUUGACUUCGGCGACAUCCUAACACCGGAAAUCAAGGCGAAACACAAGAACACAGUGUACGAUUUGGUAGCGAAUAUAGUGCAUGACGGAGAACCAACUAAGGGCACCUACAGAGUACAUGUGCUGCAUAAAGGUACCGGAAAAUGGUACGAAAUGCAAGACCUCCAUGUAACCGAUAUCCUGCCUCAAAUGAUCACCCUCACUGAGGCUUAUAUUCAAAUCUAUGAAUUGAAAACGGAUGCUCCAUCUUCGAACAAUAGCUGACAUUCCAAGUAUUAUUAGAGCUGUAAAGGACUUGAAGUGAUGCUCUAUGAUUUUGAGGACUUAACAGAAACAUUCGAGAAUUUUCUAUGAACUUCCUAUUGAAAGAAAUGUUCCCAUUACCAUUAAUUCAGAUUUCAGAUUGAUUUAAUGUAAGGCAUUGGUUACAUGCUCUAAAAAGUUGCAGAGAUACUCGGAAAAGUUGUAUAAAUACUCUAGAAAUGUGUAAAGAUUCUAAAAAGUUACAGAAUUGCUACUAACUUGUUUUAUAUUACAUUUGUGGUAAAGGCGUAACUGAAGAGUGAUAUUAGAUCCUUUCUGAUAUGAUAUAGAAUAAAGAUACCUUGUCUCAGUGA